AUGACUUCGCCUAAAGACAGAGUACUACUAAUUGGCAGCGGCGGCAUUGGCACGAUUGCUGCUCUCAAUCUCGAAAGAGGAGGCCUCGAUGCUAUUCCGAGUAGAUAUGAUGCACAGGGCCGACCAUUCGACUAUAUCGUUUGUUGCACCAAGAAUAUUCCCGACAUCAUCCCUACGUUAUGCGAUAUCGUUGCACCUGCAGUCACUCCCGGCCAUACAGCCAUCGUCUUGAUACAAAAUGGCCUAAAUAUCGAAAGACCAUUUAUCCAUCAAUUUCCGAAUAAUGUUAUUGUAUCCGGUAUCAGCAGAAUCGACGCCCACGAAGUCGCACAUGGUGUCAUCGAACACAAGCAGAACGACGUGCUACAUAUCGGAGCUUUUAAUAACCCGUCCUUGCAUCCAAAAGUACAAGAAGCAGCGGCGAAGCGCUUCGUAGAGAUAUACAACAAGGGAGGCAAGACGACAUGUCUAUACCAACCAGACGUCGAUCUCGACCGGUGGAGCAAAUUGGUGUACAAUGCUUCCUUCAACCCGAUCUGCGCGUUGACUCGCGUGAAUACUGGCGACCUACAGAGAACAGGCAGAGUCGUGGAUACUCUUGUAAUACCUGCGAUGAAGGAAGUUUUGGCUGUAGCGAAAAAGGCAGGAUACGAGCUUCCAGAGAAUAUCAUCAACGAUACAGUUAAUAGUAACCCGAUAGAUGAGAGCAUUACUCCGAGCAUGCAAAUAGAUCUGGAAAAGGGUAAUUUUAUCGAACACGAGAAUAUCAUCGGGGAGGUAGUUCGAGAAGGUCGCGAAAGAGGAGUGGCGACACCGGUGUUAUCAAUUUUGUACGAGCUAUGCUGUGCGGUGCAGUGGAAGCUCAAGGAAAAGAGAAGUAGUAAAUAG